UACCACAAUACUUUACUCGUAGUCACGCUGCUGCUCAGCUCGGCUGCCAACGGGAAGGAAAAAAAAAAGAGAGAGAAAGAACUGCAGCUUGCAAAGUUAAUCUCUUCUCUCUCCUUAUCUCCUCCUUACUUAAACUAACAGAUCGGCCUCCCGGAACGCAGCUCUUGCGAUCCUCAAGAGCCGCUUCCCAGCACGCGACCCAAAGCAAAGAAUCGUUUCCCUCCCGUCCAGUGAUAGUGCUCGCACGCUGUCGGCAGUCCGGCAUCUCCUAAAUCUUCCUCCCCGGAAAGGGAUUUUUCCUCCGCCCUGUCUGAUCCUUUUCUUGAGCCAUUUCUGCUGAACUGCGAGGUGUGCGUCUGAGUGAGAGAGCAAAUGCUGGUCCAAGAAUCUGUCGUCGUCGGCGAGCACGCGGGAUUCUCUUGUCCCGUGGCGGUUUGUGAAGAUAGUGGGCGUCCGAGCUGGAGCACCUGAGAUGUUGUUGCUUGGUCGUUGUGUGGAUUGAUUUUGGCCGAAAGCUGUUGGUUUUUUGGGGAAAGGAAGGACUUUUUGGUGUUUGAUUAGUUCUCGCGGUGAUUCGAUUCCUUGCCUCGCUAAAUCUUGCCAAGAUUUCUCCGCCGUAGCCCGUAGACUGGUAGAUCCUUUUCCUUCCCGGCCGUGCAUUCUUGCUCUGCUUCUUGGUUCUGCAAAUUCUUCGCCGAUUCACCGGUAUCUUGAGGUUUUGGUAGAGAUUUGUGUGAGGAGGGGGGGUGAAGAUUAAAUCUUGGAGGAGCUUGGUUUUAGUUUGCGGGAUGGUGUCGAGAUCCUACUCCAACCUCCUGGAGCUCGCCUCCGGCGGCAGCGGCGGCGAUCCCCUGCCGUCGCUCGGGCGCCGCCGGAUACCGCGCGUGGUGACGGCGUCCGGUAUUGUGCCGGACCUCGACUGCUCCGACGACGAGGCGGCGGCCUCUGACCACUCCUCCCACGCGCCGCGGGAGCGCGCCAUCCUCGUCGCCAACCAGCUCCCCAUCCGCGCCUCCCCCCGCGCCGGUGGCGCCGGCUGGGACUUCUCGUGGGACGAGGACAGCCUCCUGCUGCAGCUCAAGGACAGCCUCCGCGCGCACCAUGGCCGCGAGGACAUGGAGUUCAUCUACGUCGGUGGCCUCCGCGACGACGUCCCGCCGGCCGACCACGAGGUGGUCGCGCAGGAGCUCCUCGAGGGCUUCCGUUGCGUGCCCACCUUCCUACCCGCCGACCUCCGGUCCCGGUUCUACCACGGCUUCUGCAAGCAGCAGCUGUGGCCACUGUUCCAUUACAUGCUGCCACUGUCACCGGAGCUGGGCGGGCGCUUCGACCGCCUGCUGUGGCAGGCCUACGUGUCCGUCAACAAGAUCUUCGCGGACAAGAUCCUAGAGGUGAUCAGUCCCGAUGAAGACUUUGUGUGGGUGCAUGAUUACCAUCUGAUGGUGCUGCCAACAUUUCUGCGCAAGCGGUUUAACCGGGUGAAGCUGGGGUUCUUCCUCCACAGCCCGUUCCCAUCAUCGGAGAUUUACAAGACUCUGCCGGUGCGCGAGGAGCUGCUCCGGUCGCUGCUGAAUGCCGAUUUGAUUGGGUUCCACACCUUUGAUUAUGCCAGGCAUUUCUUGUCCUGCUGUAGCAGGAUGCUCGGGUUGAAGUACGAGUCUCAGAGGGGCUACAUUGCGCUGGAGUAUUACGGAAGGACGGUUACUAUCAAGAUAUUGCCAGUGGGAGUUCACUUGGAGCAGUUGCAGUCAGUCCUCAACCUCCCGGAGACUGGGGACAAGGUCGCUGAGCUUCUCAAGCAGUUCUGUCAUCGCAACCGGCUGCUGCUGCUCGGUGUAGAUGAUAUGGAUAUCUUUAAAGGCAUUAGCUUGAAACUUUUGGCAUUUGAGCAACUCUUGAUGCAGCAUCCAGAGUGCAGAGGAAAGGUGGUGCUGGUACAGAUUGCUAAUCCGGCAAGGGGGCGGGGAAAGGAUGUGAAGGAGGUACAGGUAGAAAGCUAUGCUAUGGUAAGUCGCAUCAACGAGGCAUUUGGGCAGCCAGAUUACCAGCCAGUUAUACUGAUCGAUAGGCCACUGCAAUUCUAUGAGAGAAUGGCAUACUAUGUCGUAGCAGAGUGCUGUUUGGUUACUGCAGUGAGAGAUGGCAUGAAUCUUAUCCCGUACGAGUACAUAAUUGCUAGACAAGGUAAUGAGAAGAUAGACAGGAUACUGGGUCUCAGCCCAUCGACAAGGAAGAAGAGCAUGCUUGUUGUGUCAGAGUUCAUCGGCUGCUCCCCUUCCCUAAGCGGUGCUAUUAGGGUGAACCCUUGGAAUAUUGAUUCAGUGGCUGAUGCAAUGGACUCUGCAUUGGAGAUGCCCGAAGGGGAGAAGGUGUUACGACACGAAAAGCAUCACAGAUAUGUGAGCACACACGAUGUCGGGUACUGGGCAAACAGCUUCUUGCAAGAUCUUGAGAGGACUUGCCUUGAUCACAACAGGAGGCGUUGCUGGGGCAUAGGAUUUGGGCUAAAGUUCAGGGUUGUAGCCCUUGAUCCAAACUUCAAAAAGCUUGCAGUUGAGCACUUGGUCUCAGCCUACCGGAGGACGACCACACGUGUCAUUCUCCUGGACUAUGAUGGGACGCUGAUGCCACAGACAUUGUUUGGUAAGAGUCCGAGCUCAAAGACGAUAGACAUCUUGAAUAGCCUUUGUCGUGACAAGAAGAACAUGGUCUUCCUUGUGAGCACAAAGAGUCGGAUGACUUUAAAUGAGUGGUUCUCACCAUGUGAGAACCUAGGACUAGCUGCUGAGCAUGGCUACUUCCUCAGGCUGAGAAGAGACGCAGAAUGGGAGACAUGCGUCCCAGUCACAGACUGCAGCUGGAAGCAAAUUGCAGAACCUGUGAUGAAGACUUAUACCGAGACGACGGAUGGGUGUACAAUUGAGGACAAGGAGACUACGAUUGUUUGGUGCUAUGAGGAUGCUGAUCCUGAUUUCGGAUCUUGCCAAGCCAAGGAGCUCCAUGACCAUCUGGAGAGUGUCCUUGCAAAUGAGCCAGUUUCAGUGAAAGCUGGCCUGAACCAUGUCGAGGUGAAGCCACAGGGUGUAAGCAAGGGCCUCGUGACGAAGCGGAUCCUUUCAACAAUGCAGAAGCGAGGCAACCUGCCGGACUUCAUCCUCUGCAUCGGAGACGACCGCUCCGACGAGGACAUGUUCGAGGCGAUCACCACUGCGGUGAAUGGCCCAUCCCUGAACCCAGAAGCCGAGGUCUUCGCCUGCACCGUUGGCCGCAAGCCCAGCAAGGCCAAGUACUACCUGGACGACCCUGCGGACAUCGUGCGCCUGAUCCAGAGCCUCGCCAACGUAUCCGACCAGAUGCACGGCGCACCCCCUGCCGCCACGGACACGGUACCGAGGUGAACAGCACUGGUCUGCACGCCAUUAGCUCUAGGCAGCCCUAUGAAAACCUUUCGGCAUGGAUCAUCGCUCGCUGUUCCCAGGUGUACAUGCUCCAGGAGCCAAUCAAUGAACGUGUCGAUCGGCAUCGUCCGAGCGUGCUUGCGUGUGUCGCUUCCUUGUCGAAUCUUCAGCCGAUGUGUUUUCAUAAACUCAGGCGCAUCAUCAUUUCUGUUAAUUUCUCAUCAAUUUUUUUUCGACUUUUCA